CUAACAGCCAUCAAUUUUGAUGUUUUGUAAUUGUUGUUCUAUGAGAUUUAUUCUAUAACGAGCAUAUUUCAUUGUAAAUAAUCAUAUAAUUAGCAUAUAGUAUAGUAAAUAUACUUAAAUAUAUGAUUAUAUAGCGAUCUCCAAAAAUUAGCCAUGUUAUUCUAUUCCUUCUUUAAGUCUUUGAUCGGAAAAGACGUAGUUGUUGAAUUAAAAAAUGAUCUCAGUAUCUGUGGAACAUUAUAUUCCGUUGAUCAAUACCUGAACAUAAAAUUGGCUGACAUUAGUGUUACAGAUUCUGAAAAAUAUCCUCAUAUGUUAUCGGUAAAAAAUUGUUUUAUCCGUGGAUCUGUGGUGCGAUAUGUACAACUUCCAGUAGACGAAGUGGAUAUCCAUCUUUUAACUGAAGCAGCACGCAGAGAAGCAAUGAAUGCUCAAGCAAGAUAGUUAUGGUUAUAUUAAGUAUCAUUUAUGUGAAAAUCUUUUUUUCUUUUCUCUUUUAUUAUGCAUACAUGUUUUACAUUCUAUAAAAAGUAAGAUACAAAAUUAUUUAAUAUUUUUCACACAAUUUUGGAAAAUAUGAAUAAUAAUGUAUUAUUCGACACAACUUUAAUAUAUAUAUAUAUCUUUGUUCAACUUCAAACUUUAUAAAUCUUAAUAUAAAUCAUUAUUCAAAAUUAAA